CCCAUAUGCUGUUUCUCAUUCCCAGCAAGGUGCUUUGCAAAACAAGACUCCUUCUGGAAGAAGUAAGAAUAUAAUCUGUGUGAGAGCAUUUUCUCUCCUCCUAUCUUUCUCCCUUCUCCUGCUCCUUUUAAUCACACACAGACGAAGACACUCAUACGUACACACACCUUGGACCUCAAGCAACUGAUUCCUUGGGACCUAAAAGACGUCUGAGUGUUCUAUCCCUGCUCCUUCAUCAAGAGAAUCCACACAAUCACUCAGUGGGAAGGUCCGCAGUUGACUUUAAGAUUAUUUUUGUUCCACCACUGAAUUUCUGGCAUGAUUAGUUAAGACUUCAUUCUUCAUUUUCAAAAGGAGAAGAGAAGGGGGGAGAAGUGGAGUUGGCUCUGUCUGGUACUAGAGAUUGAACAGCACCAUGUCUAAGCCUGUUGACCAUAUCAAGAGACCCAUGAAUGCCUUCAUGGUGUGGUCCAGAGGGCAAAGGAGAAAGAUGGCCCAGGAGAAUCCCAAGAUGCACAAUUCAGAAAUAAGUAAAAGACUUGGGGCUGAGUGGAAACUUCUCUCCGAAGCUGAAAAGAGACCCUACAUAGACGAAGCGAAAAGACUCCGGGCACAGCAUAUGAAGGAGCAUCCUGACUAUAAGUACAGACCAAGGCGCAAACCCAAGAAUCUUCUGAAGAAAGACAGGUAUGUCUUUCCUUUACCCUACCUAGGAGAUCACGACCCACUUAAGACAGGACUUCCCAUGAGUGCCACUGACUCCAUCCUCGGAGCUUCUGAGAAGGCUAGGGCUUUCUUGCCACCAACUUCAGCACCUUAUUCACUUCUGGACCCAAGCCAGUUUAGCUCUACUACUAUCCAGAAGAUGACAGAGAUGCCUCAUACCCUGACUACCAGCACUCUUCCAUACGCCUCGACCUUGGGAUACCAGAAUGGGGCAUUUGGUGGCUUAAGCUGCCCCAGCCAACAUACUCACACUCAUCCUUCUCCAACCAACCCGGGUUAUGUGGUGCCCUGUAACUGUACAGCAUGGUCUACAUCAAACUUGCAGCCUCCAGUUGCUUACAUAUUGUUUCCGGGGAUGACUAAAGCUGGUUUAGACCCAUAUUCUUCUGCACAUUCCACGUCCAUGUAAGAAGAGUUUUAUUAAAGUAGUAACUGCGAUGUCCUGGUGCAUGUACAUAAGAAGGACUGCCAAAAGGGAGCUAGAGAAAAAAUAGAGACAGAAACAAUACGAAUUUACUCCAGUUCCCCUGGCAAAAAAAUGCGUGUAAGUGUGGCGACCAACACUCCAUUGAGAUACUUCUCUCAGCCAUGGAGACACGGGAAAGUUAUUGCCAGGACAAACUGUAAGAUUUGUACAUGCCUGCCAUUUUUAUUUUAACAAUUUGGACAAAACCCCCCAAACAUUUAUUUAUUGAUUUUGAUGUACACGAAUUUGACUUUUAUCCUGAAGUGAUUUUAACUUUGAAUUCUAUAGAAGCGACUAUUAAAUUAUUAUUAUUAUUAUUAUUAUUAUUAUUAUUAUUAACAAUAUUUAUACAUAUUUGUUGUGAUGUGGGAUGAGCUACAUCUUUUUGCCUUAGGUACAUUUUGUGUAAAAAUGACAGUUAAGAGUGAAUACUCACAUAAUGAAUUUGGACAUACUUUCUUUAAAAAUAUUGUUUUGUAAAUGACUGCACAUGUUUCCAAAAUUUUAUUUUAAAAAAAAAUACAUACAAGGGGAAUCAGGCAAUGUUCUCUUAUUGAAAGGAGGAAACGUUAUUCAAAGACAAUAUCUAAAACGAUUUUUGGGGAAAAUGACUGUAUAGUCCCUUUCCUAUUCCUUUUAUCCCCAUAAAACUAUGUUAUUUUUGUUGAACAAAAAUAUUUCAAAUAAAGACAAUCUUGUCACUAAAAUUAUGUAUGUGUUCAGAAUAGUAUUGUACCUACUGCAAAGCUCUAGUUAAUGAUAAAACAUUUUUAAAA